AUGGAUCAAGACGGCCGGUCCAGCCCGCCCUUCGCCUUGCGACUCUUCUAUCGCACCGGCGCAUUCCACAGGCCCGACGAGUUCGCCUCGCCCACCCUGCCGCCGCACCUCACCAUCCACACCUGGCCCUCGUGUACGCUGGCCGAGCUGUCGCACCACCUGGCCUUCGCCCCGACCAGCAUCCUGCCGGACCCAGCCGUCGGCACGCGCCUGUCCUUCCGGCUCAUCUUCGCCGACACGCGGGCCGCCAACAGCCAACACCACCACCGCCAGGGCGGCGCCGCCGCGGUGCCGGCCCGCUUCAUGGUCAAAGACCUGGGCUCCGUCGUGAUCGGCGACGGGGGCCCGGGCCUGGACCCGGCCGACGCUGCGGCGGCCAAGUCGCUGUCCCCCGAGGACGACGGCGCCAAGACGCUGGCCGAUGCCCGCCUCGUCGUCGGCGACUACAUCAGCGUUGCCAUUCUGCCGCCCCUGGGCGACGGGAGCGUGGCGCCCGCGAGCGCCGCGCGUAUGGGCCGCGGGUCUGGUGUCGGGGAGGCAGGAAGCGUGGUGGGCCGGGCGCCGGGCUACGGACGGGACCGGGAACGAGAGAGGGAUCGGGAGGACGGGUUUGGCGGAGGCCGGAGAGGUGGCCGAGGCGGAAGACACGACGGCUACGGCCGCGGCGGCAGCGAGCCCGUGGGCGAGUGGAGGCGUGGAGACUUCUCCGGACGAGGGGGCCGUGGGAUCCCGGUCGGCGAGUGGAGGAGAGGGGAGGCUCUGCCGGAUGCGCCUUUUGGACGGGGACGGGGCAGGGGCCGGUACUGA